GUCCACGCGCUGGGAAAGUGGUGAAUGAAUCACGUGCUUCCUCUGCGCCCUGAUUUUGAUUCUGUUGCUAACGCUAGAAAGCUGGGGGACAGACUGUUGUUGUGUGUUACUGCUGCAGUGAGAGGAUCGGAACGCUUCGCUCACUGCAAGCGUUGAUUAGUAGCAGCGGCUGACAGACAGCAACCUCGGGGGAGUUAGACAGACUUAAAGCACUGAGGUUUACAAUAUGGAUGAAUUUUACAAGAUCUCUUCCACUGAGAGAAUCCAGCAGUUGGAAAAAGAACUAGCUGUUCAACUGGCAGAGCUGAAGACAGAAAUAGAAGACAAUGGGGUACUUCAGGGUACACCAGAUAGAGCUUACAGCUCUGUUCCAAUACCAAAGGACGCUUCAUAUUUCAGAAAAGAAAGGGAGGUGAUACUAAAGAAAGGUUUACAGGUAGCUGAGGCAAAACCUCUUGUUGUUCAGGCUGAUGUCAUGCAGAGGGAGCUAGAGAGCUGUCUGAGAAGAGAGAAUACAGCAGAAAGCUUACCUCUAUUACUGCACCAGUUUUUUACAGACAGAAUUACCCAUCUUGUCCAGAGUAAAUAUUUACACAUGCUUAGAUGGAAGAGAUUUUGUAGGCACAGCAGUGUUAUUGAACAGCUUUAUCCCCUCUAUCAGAAACAAAUUGGUCACAUUAUGCAGGAGUACAAUGAUGCUGUUCAUAGAGCUACGAGACUGUCUGCCGCACGACAGAACUUCCUGACCGGAAAGAAAAAUCCUGUAAAUAUAGUGACACAGGAAGACCUGGUUAUUUAUAUGCAGUGGUUAGUGUGUCACCUGCACUCUCUCAAGGCGAUUCACAGCUACCUUAGGGUACUCCAGUAUUUGCCCAUCUCUCGCAGAAUGGAGGUAGUUAUUGAGAAACACCCUGAGGUGGCCCAGGAUAAUGGGGACAGAUUCAGAAGUGCCACUAUGUCGGAAUCCUUAUCUUCUAAUAUUCACUUCUCUCUUUGCCCCAGCAUUUCAGGAAGAGAGGGACCACUCGGCAAGGAUGCUGUAUUCACGCUGCCCCAACACACAAUAGAAACUGAAGAACUGAAACCUCAGCUCCAACUUCUGCUUUCUCACUUUGGUGUCUGCUAUGAUACGGAGAAUCUCAAGAACUCUGCUAAUGAGAUGGAGCUUUUUUCCAUGGUUAUCCGGAAAUUUCGAAGUGUCUUCAGCAAACAGCAGACAAUGAGAACCUUUCCAGUGUAUGAUGCAGCGGUGCCUGGGUCAGAAAACUGGGGUAUUUUAGGACCUAACAUGGUUUUGAAAAAGAGAGCCAACUGGAUUCCUUUUAUAAAGAUUAAGCCCAGACAAGAUCCCUGGCAGCAAAAGCUUUUGACAAAACUGAAGCAAUGGAAAAAAGUGGACGAACUAUUGCAUCUUCAAUCAAAGUUUUUAGAGGUUUCUGACAUGGAGCAAGUGAUUGACGUUCUCCAGGAGCAUGCUACAGAAGUGCUAGAGCCAAGUCCAGUGCGAUCAAGUUUUGUGACUUCUCACCGCUCAAGACAGCAUUGCUAUGAUCAAAUCUGGGAGAGAAUUUAUAGCAACUCAGAGCUCCAGCAGGAUCAAAACACAGAGGAUAAUAAUCCUGCUGUAGCUAUGAAUGAGAAGGGUAUGGAAACUAUCAGUCUCAGCAAGAAUCCAGGAUCUUCCAGGAAGAAGAAAGAAAGAGGGUAUAGUUAUGUAACCACCUUACAGCUGCUGGGAUUAGAUGAGGGCACAGAGGCCAACAAUAAGGACCUUAUCAUGAGGAAAGGAGCCUACUUGUCCGUCCUUUACUUACGUCACCUGAGAAUCAGAGACCUCCAGCGGGUCUGCCUGGGAAUCCUGAACUACUUCAGAUCUGUUGAAAGAACUUUAACAAUCAGCACCUCAGGUCUCACCCUGCAUGCUGGUAAUCUAGUCCCCAGUGCUGAAGAUACCUGUUGGGUUAAUGCUGUCAAAGGAGGCAUUGGUGUUUCUGGCGGUCUUGGUUCUCGCCACUAUGUCCAUUAUACACCAGCUGAUUUCAAGGUCCACAGUGCACAGUUCAUGGAGUUUUCAGAAGUGGAAAAUCAUGAUGACUUUUACACCACUCAAGAUGGAUACAUUCACACACAGGACCAGCGAGGGGCUUACAUCAUGUACGAUGUAGCUUUAAAGGACCUGAAGGACCUCGAAAAUCAGCUGCUGCUCGUGGCAAGCCAGUACAUUGAACAAGAUAAAAGCCAUGUAACAUACCAUCAAUCUAGUGAUGACAACCUCUUAGCAUGGGCCCACGCAUCUGUGGAUCGAUUUGCGGUGCUGCUUGACAUUUGGACUUGUGAAGCCACUCUCUUAGAGAAUAAACGUCAGCUUCUAGAUGGUUACUUUGAGGCUUACCAGCAUGCUCUGGAUACAGAAGAAAGAUUUGCUUUGGCCCAAGCAAUAACAGAUAUCAUGCACAAACGCCCACGAUUUGAUCUCAGCCUCAGGUAUUUUGUGAACACUUACAAUGAUGAAUGCAUCUGCCUAAGGCUUCAGCUGCAGCUGGUGAGAGAGAUAUUCAACCAACAUAUAGAUGCCCAGCGGGAAUAUGUCCAAAAGAUUUGGCGAAAAGAUCAGACAGAUAAUAUCAGUGAAUUUGGACUUCCCCAUAAUAUAAUUGCUAAGCAACUUAUCUCGCUGAACAACAACUGCCCUACUUUGAAGAACAUUUACUUGCUGGAGUUUCAUCCUUCCCUGGGCCUGGCAUCUUUAAUCCCGAAAGCUCUUGAGUAUGUCUUUCAGGAGUUCUAUAGCAUCUGUAGACCAAAAACAUCCAGUGAGGCGACUAGUCUAGAAAAACAAGUACUUCAGCUAGCAGUGGAUGAAUGGCUGACCAUGGAAAAGACUGAAUCUUCAUACAGCUCUCAAAUUCAGAAAGAUUUAUUUGCAGACACGCUGCUAGAAGACCCACUCCUUGUGCGGGAUAUUGCUAUGUUAGCACUAGAGUCAGCAACAGAUGAAGAAAAGAAGCAAGGCAGAGAAAAACAAGCCUUUAUUCUGGACGUCUUCUCCAGACUCCUGGAACUCAUCACACUCCGCCAUCGAUUGAUAGAGACAGCCCUGGAGAGUGCACAGUUGGCUAGGAUGUACAAAGCAUUUGCAGGGGAGAUGGGUUUUGAUGAGUUCCAUUUAUACUUGAGGCCAGUGCACUUUGAAUUUGCAUCUCACAAGGAGAAAGCAGACCAGCCCCCACCAAUAUUCAUUACAGCUCUCCUAGAAGAUGACAGUACUGUGGACAGAUAUAUUCCAUCUAAUUUAUUGUUAAGCAUUCAAGAGAUUGACAGUAAUCAAAUUGGAAAAUUUAGCUUUCAUACAAGAGAUGGUGUUAUUCAGCUCUUGUCCCAGUCUGGAGUGGAGAACAUGCAGAUCAUCCUUGCCUGUCAAGUCACUCAAAAAAAUGCUCUUAUUGUUGCUGUUCAGCAAGCCUCGUUUUGUCACAUGAUCCAGCCUACAAAUACAAUGGACAUGAAGGAAGCAAAUUUAAGUUUGAAGAGUCAGAGAAGCUCAGCAAGUGGAAGAAAUUCAAAAUCUGGAAAUGAAAUAGAAAAACAGUCACUGGUGGCUGCACCAGCAACUUCGUAUUCUACAGGGCACCCUUUAGAUGGACACGGGACCAUUAAAAGGCCUCCAGAAGCUUUUGUAUCCAUUCAGUUGGAGAAACUGGGGCCACGGGACAUGAUGCUGAACACAUUCAUUCAUAAGAAAGAAAUCAUGGGCAGCAGAAUGCAAAACCCUAAUGAAGAUGAAAAAAUCAAAAGAGAAGUUAUUGCUGAAUACUGUCAUAAAUUGAGCCAUCGUAUGUCACAGUAUGCCCUGAGAGGUCAGAUCAUUGCAUACUACAAUAGUCUGAAAAUUCUGCUAGAAGAUUUCCCUGUCAUCAGAGACAAAUACUUCAUGAUUGGGCUAUCCCAAGAGAAAAAGGGGAACAGAGACUCAAAGGAAAACCUUGAGGCUGAUCCCAGGUUAUUUCAGCCACGACCACAUCGUUUGUUGUCUCCUGAUGGGCAAGCCUUCCUCAAUUUGUGGUUCAUCCCUCACGCUUCUGAGGUGCUGAUUAUGUUUAAAAUGCUGCCAGAGAAGGCUGCUUACAGAGCACUCAGGCAGAGCCUACAGAUUGUGGCAGCACUUCAUGACAUCGUUUCAUACCUUUUCAGCUUUGCUCAGUUAGGAAACUCCCCAAACUGUUUUGAUUCCCUAAAUCCAGAGCCUCUGACCGCGGACUGGGGAGGGAACGAAAGGAUCGGAACUGAACUUCAGGAGCUACAAAAAAUGAUUGACAGCCUUCAAAACCCCUUGGAUCCUAACAAAGUUGCCCAACUGCUAAUCAUUCAAAGAGAAGUUAUGUUUCUACAGUUUGAUGCAGCAGUCAGACAUUUAUUACGAGAAGUAUAUUUGUCCUCUGGGAAUAUUUUGGCUUACCAGAGUGUUACAGACAGUAUGCACCAUGGGCUGCCUCCCCUGAGUAACUCUGCAGUAAGGAGUGUGUUUGCCUCACAGCUCUGGCUCCCGCAGCUAGUGGUCCCAUGCAGCCCCACGACAUUGACGCUGUUUCCUUGGAGGGCAUUUCUAGUAGAUGGAGGACCGUUUCCAGUCACUAUCAGCAAUCUAAAUACCAUAAAUUAUAACAUGCAGUUGUGCCUGUGCAGACUGAGUGAUGACGACCGAAGAGUUGCUCAUGGGGUGCUGGUCGGGAUGCAGUUUCUAGUGGACGAUAUACUGCAGAGUAGCUAUGAUGUUGUUAUGGAAGAUCAUGCUGAAUGGCAAACUGCUGUAGCUAAGAAAAAACAGAAUUUGGCAGAAAUUGAUGAAUCACAUGCCAGUGGGUCAGAGAGCAGCAGAAAGACUUGCAAAGCUUUGCCAAGGCUCCACGAUCCAGUUACUUCACGUGCUGUGCUGAGAUCUUUUCUGAUAAGAUGGAAGCAAUUGGAAGUAUUAAAGGCAGAAUGGGGUAGACUUAAACUGAAAGUCGAGGAUAUCAAUACAGUUCCUCUUUACAAACAGUUUGCUGAGCUAUAUGGCACUGACAUCCUAUACCCUGCUAUGAGAGCCAUCGCCAGGCACAUGGGCACAGAAGAUGAGUUUGAAGGACUUGUAACAAGCUCUCAGUCUAUACUUCCCCCAAAAGGAGCAUCAGAAAUUGAAGUCAAAACACGGCAGCUUCAAAAGUUGCUCGAAAGUCUAGAAAUACACAUGAUCCAUGAUGUGAAAAAGAAAAUUAACCAGGAGAUGACACUAGUUACAUCUGAAAGAGCAAGAGCAGGAAGCGGCCUCCCUACAGAGCUCUGGAAGCAUCGAGUCAUGCAAGAAAACUUCUCAGUUGUAAGACCACAAAUAGUCGAAACAUUUGUUCAGAGACUAAUGGAAAAUUACCAAGAAUCUGAUGUAGAGAUUACGUUUAAAAAAAGCCAUUUACAAAGCUGCCUCACUGCACUAGGCUGUGACAUCAUGGCCAGAGAGCGCAGCAACUUUGAGACUUACUCUAUGUUUUAUGAAAAUCUGCUUCAGCAGGAACAUCAGCUACUCUACCAAAAAGAACAGGAACUGCAUGUAGUAGAAGAAGGUGGAAGGCAGACUGAUGUAAACCUUAGUCAGAUAGCAGAGCUGAGUCAUGAGAUGAUUAUGGAAAUAACUGCUCUAAGAGCCAGACUCACUAAUCUAGAAAAAGAAAAUCUCUGUCUCAAAGAGGAGAUAAGGAAAGAAGUACAAGAUGAAUAUGAAACGUUAGUGCAGAAUCUAUUUGUGACUUGUUUACAUCUAAAAGGGAAGCUAGAUGACUAUCGCCUUAAUAUGAGCCGACAAGUGUUUGAGAUCAUCAGUGAAGUGAGAAAAGAAGGGGUUGACAAUAUGAUUGAUUUGAAGAAAAAAUUUGGUUCCACUGAAGAUGAUGAUGGAUUGAAAGUACAUUUGUCUAAACAAGAGCAGCUGCAGUUCUUGCAGGAUGAAAACACAAGACUACAUGAGCUGGUGUGUAAGCUGAAAGUCCUAAACUGUUGGAAGCAGACUAUUCAAAAGGCACAACUCUCUGUAAAGCUGAGAAAUGCAGAGAAGGAGGCCCUUCAAAACAAAGAAGAGUGUUUGAAUGCCAAGAUGCUGGCAGAACAAGAGGUGCUUUUAUUUCGUCAGCAGCUGGUGGCUGUAAGGAAGGCUCUGGCAAAAUCUCAAGCAGACAAUGAAAGACUAAAGAAACAGUUAGAUACACAGAAACACUUGCUACAAGAAGUAGAACAUAGGAUGACUCAAGAAGCCCGGAACAGGCAACAGCUGGAUGUGAUGAAAGCAGCAAACAUGGAGAAGAUGCUGGAAGACAUGGGGCAGAAAGAACAGAGGCUGCAAUGUCUGACUGAAGAUGCUGAGAAAUCUUCUAGAAUAGUGCAGCUUCAGCAAAAACGGAUCAAAAAAGAAAUGCGGCAAAUAAGAAGUCAAUUGAUCCAAGAACGUAGUUUAAAACUGGAUGCCUUCCAGAGGGUGGACAAACUGCAGUUUCAGGUUUACGACUUGGAAGCUGUAACAUCCCAGAGAAACUCACCCGCAGGAAUGAAGAAGUCCGCUAAUCUGAUGUCUUUUAGGGCUAGCAGCGUAAGAAGUCCUUCAUCAGGUUCUGCAUCCUGGGUCCAGCGCACAGUGCUCUCAGCAUCAACUCUACCUAGGGAUUACAAGCGGAAUCCUUUGACUCCAGAUCCCAAAGGUAGCAAUAUAACAUCUGGAAAGACUGAACGGCCAAAGACUGUGCCCAGCAGAUGGAGGAACAGAGUGAUAGAUGCUCUCUUACCAGACCUGGCUGAACACGCUCAAUCUCCCAUCCUCAUGCAGCCUCAUGAAAGCAGGCUGGCCCAAAACUCUUUCUUACAUCCCCUUCCUCCAUCAUCUUUUCACCUGUGAUCUGAGGACAGCUGGAUAGUGGUGCUUCCCUGCCACAGGUCAAGCCAGUCCGAGCUUGAAGCAAGGCUGCUAUGACAAGACUCUGUACUACUACAGGUUCUCAGCUGGUAUUUUUUCAGGUACCAAAGCAGAGCUGCAGCAAAGACAUUUUCAAAGACAAUGGAUGGCAACUAAUGGCUUUUUCUUUCACAGCAUUAACCUUUUUGUAAAACACCACAUCAGACUAGAUGAAAUAAUGGUCUCUUCUGACCUUAAAAAAAAAAAAAAAAAAAAAAUCUAUGAAACUAAGGCCUACAUCUUCAGAGGCAUUUAGGUGCAGUAGACACUUGCUAUUGUAAAGAGCAAAAGUGAAACCUGAACAUAAUGUCUGAGCUGGGUCAAAACAACUGCCCCUCUAGCCCAGUAUCCUGUGCCAGAUGCUUCAGAAAGAAUGAUCAGAACAGGGCAAUUUAUCAAAUGAUUAUCCCAUUGUCCAGUCUCACCUUCUGGUUGGCAGUUUAAGGUCACCUAAAGCAUGGGGUUGCAUCCCUGACAGCCUUGGCUAAUAGCCAUUGGUGGACCUAUCCUCCAUGAACUUGGCUAAUUCUUUCUUGAACCCAGUUAUAUUUUUGGCCUUCACAAUAUCCCCUGGCAAUGAGUUCCAUAGGUUGGGUGAAAGUACUUCCUUAUAUUUAUUUUAAGCCUCUUGCCUAUUAAGGACAUUGGGUGACCUGGGUUCUUGUGUUAUGUGAAAGGGCAAGUAACACUUUCUCCAUACCAGUCAUGAUUUUAUACACCUCUAUCAUAUCCUCCCUUAGUCAUAUCUUUUCUCAGAUGAAGGGUCCCAGUCUUUUUAAUCUUUCCCCCUAUAAAACCUAUUCCACACCUAUCAUUUCUGUUGCAUUAGAAUUGGAAAAGGUUCAGAGAAGGGCAUCUUUUUUGAGAGGUGUUGACAUGAUCUGCAUUGUUUGUGUGGCAUUAUAUUUUCUGUCUUACCCAUCCUUUUCCUAAUGAUUCCUCUAUUUAAGCACAUUUUCAGAGAACUAUCUAUAAUGCAUCUAUGAUCUCUUGUGAGUGGUAACAGCUAACCCGAGUGGAGUUAAAUGUUUGUUAGGGAAUUUUAUAACAAGGCAGCCAUACUGCCUAGUGCAUGCUCUUUCCCAUUGUUAUACCUAUGGGAAAUUUAUCUGAUACCAGAGUUGUCAUUUAAAACAUCACCAAUUUUAAUACUGGGAGUCCUAGGGAAAACAGGCUAGGAUGGAAUAUGCUUAGCAGUACCAUAAUUUGUCAACAGCCAAUGAUAUUAGAACAAUUAAGGCUAAGGUCUAUUUAGAAGUAGCAGUAUUUACAGUUAAGGACUGAAGCUGGUGAAAAAUAGAAUAUUCACCCAUUAAGCAACGAUAUUACUUUGUUAAAAUGAAUAAUUCCAGCAAGUAGUUUAGUGCUAUAUUACUGAAGUUUAGUGUUACAGUUACUUCCCCAUAACCUUUACAUUGUAAUAUGAAAAUAAGAGCUGUAACAUUAUUCUAGUGGCAAUGACCAGUUAAUUUGUUUAUAUGGAAAUUUUACUUUUCAUCCACUGAUACUAUCACUAGUGUUAAGGUUGUGAUGUGAUGUUUCCAAGUCUUUUCCAAGUUAUGGUUGGUAUAUUUUUCCAUAUCAUUCCUUAAGCAAUGUGUGAGGGUCUUAAGCAUUUCCACCUUUAAGGGUUACUAUUUAUGUGCAGAAGGAGUUUGUAAGGCUAUUGUACUGUGGCCCUAUGAGUUAAAAUUGGAAGCUUGCCAUGUUAAGAAAAUAGCCCUGAAGUUUACUCAGAUUGUUGAUUAAAAUUAAAAAACCCAUCACCUCUGUCUAGUAUGAUGCUGCUAGCAUUACUGGGUAGUUUUCUAUGGCAGCAGGCUCCUGAAUUCCACAGGAUACAAGUAACAGACUCCUCUCUCCUUAGAGGAGAGUUUAGGGUGUGUACUCACAUCACUUUAAGAAUAACAUUUACAAAUUAAAAGCACUUACUAACUCUUUCCCUUAUUCCCAAAGUUCAUAGGCUGUCUUCACUGCAAAACACCCCUCAAGUAGCACAGUAAUUGUGUUAGCAGCAGAUGAGUUGUGCUACCUCAAGCUGCAGCACAUAUUCCCUCCGGCUAGCUGACAAAUUAAAAGCAUCAGCUGCAAGGGAAGGGAGAGAGAUUCAGUGAGGGAUAACACUUGACUUGUAACUCUACAGUGAAGACUUAAGUUAAAAGUUAGUGUUAAAAUCCCAGUAUAGAUGAGACAAGUUGUUUUAAAAUGUUAGCUGCUUGAGGCAAAUGCUGGGGCAUAGCCUCAAGCAGCUAGUAGUUUAACACAACUUCCCUUGACUACACUAGGAUUCAGUAGAUUUUUUGUCCUAGCAUAGGAAUAGUCAGUGAAAGAGUGACUAACAUCUCACAUCAUUGCAAACUCUGCCAGUGCACAUUAGAAUCCAGCAUCAGGUGCCUUCCCUCACAAUAGCAUGAAGGGUGACAAGUGGCUAGAGCCCUAGCCCAAUCCCUGUCUGUCACAUUCUUCCUGUGUGACCUUGGGCACAUUAACCACAGGUUCUUUUCCUUGUUUUACAGCUGGGAAAUUUAGUACUAAUCUUCCUCAGAGGGGCCAAGAUGAGUGUCAAGGAUUAUUGCUCUGCAGGAGCAGUUUCACUAAGAUUCACCCAGAAGGCUGAAAACACUUGUUUAAAAGCCAGAGAAUGAGAAAUAAUAUUUACAAACUGAAUAAAACCAAAAAAUUCAUUCAAUAAAUGUGAUUUUAUUUGUCAAUUUGGUUUUCUGAUUAGAUUUGUUUUGCAUUUCUUCCACUGAAGACAAAAUACAAACAAUACAGCAAUGUCUGCAAGGAACAUUCAUAAGAUACCAGGUUUGAUAAAUAUAUAUUUGCACAAGGUGGCUUCAGGAACAAGUCAGAUGAUAAAUAGCUUGAAAAAAAACACUACUGUUCAGUGCUUAAGAUCUGAUUUAAAGAGGCAGCCUAAUGGCAAAUAAAACUAGCCCAUGGAGACAAUCUCAGAAAGCUACCUUCCGCUUCAAAGCACAAUUAAGAGGACCUGAAAGUUCCGUUAGUCACAUGCUAGUAGCCAGCAUAGACUAACUGGCACUGUAAUUUCGCAAGGAAGCUGUCUCAAUUUUAACAAAAAACAAAACAAAAACCAUAGCAAGGCAGCCCAAGCACAUGUCUGGCAACCUAGAAUGAGUUGCCAGACAGAAACUAAGUCCUAGCUAUGAUUUUAUCAGCAACUUAUGGAAGUUAGUUUGUCUAGCAAGGCAAGCAUAUAGGCUGCUGCACAAAACUUGCACCUUCCUAGAACAAGACUAAACCUAUAGUUCUGCAAUAACUCUGCAUUACAAAAUUAGAGCUUCCUGAAGAUUGACAUCAAUGGCACCAAAAUCCUGGAUUUCUUAAGUCUUGGAAAGUAGCAAUUGCUGACACCAAAGGAUUACUCUAGUAACUAAGGCAAGUUCCACCUAUUGUUUUUUCCAAAUCUGAGGCCAGAGAUUUUAAAACAAUUAA